AUGUCAAAACUCUUCAUUCCUACUACCAAUUGCGGUAAGGCGCAUAAGACUGACAUAUAUGGCAUUACGAUAACUAAUCCGUACACUAUAUCAUGUUCUGGGGAUGGUUAUUUGAAGCUUUGGAGUAAUAAGUUGGCAGAUGACCAACUAGCGAAAGAUCAUGUAUUGUCGGAAUUUGUUACACCUGUGGGGCUUCAUCACGUUUCGGCGUUUGAAUCUAUUGAACCCAAUGGCGAGACAGUUGUUAUAGUCUCAACUGCUUCUUUUGACGGCAAAAUUCAUUUCUACGAGUUUGAUAUUAAGGAGAAAAUACUUUCGAGAAUUUCGCUAAUACAACCAGAAGAGGAAAAACAUAGCUAUUGGGCCUGUAAAUGGCACACUAGUAACGACCCGAAAGUUCCCCACAAGUUUAUCGCGACCACCGUACAGGGUACCACAAAAGUCUGGGAUUUCCAUGUGUUUCAAGAUCCAGCGGUAAAUACUGAAACCGGUGAUGUUGAUACUUCUGCACCACUCAAGUAUGAACCACAUUUUGAAUUUAAAGGUCAAAUUAACUCACAGAUCCCUAGGUUUGCCACAGCUGUCGAUGUAUCAUCAGAGAACAUGAUUGCUACUGGAUUUUCGGAUGGGACUGUUGUUGUAUCACAGCUAUCAACACUACGCCCAGUCUUUAAUUUCGAAGGUUUCGGUUUGAAAGGUAUCGAUGAAUCCAGUAGUACAAUUCGUGAUGUAAAAUUCAGCCCUGGAGGUUCGUUAUUAGCUGUUGCUCAUGACUCUGGGUCUUACGGAUGUGUUUCUUUGUACGAAACAAAGUUUGGUGAGCGUAUUGGAGACUUCACAGUGCCAACUCACGGAAAUCAAACCACUUUGGCGUCAUAUGCCCACAACGGAUGGGUAUUUUCUAUAUCUUUUAACACAUCUGGCGAAUACCUUGCUUCUGCCGGGUACGACGGCAAAAUAAGGAUAUGGGAUACAAAAACAAGGGAAAGAGUUUCGACCCUGAAUAUAAAUGCCACAGAUAUCGAAAUCGAAGAGGACAUAGUUUUGGAAGAUGAACAUGGGGACUCUUUAGAGGUUCCACCUGUUCUAGGUGUCUCUUUCAUUAAGGAAGGUGUUAGAUCGGGCAUGGGUAGUAGCACAAAUGAAGGUAUCUGUUGUGUAUGCUCAGACAGAAGUAUUAGGUGGUUUAGAGAAGCUGGAGGCAUAUAA